UUUGUAUAUAUAUUUUAAAAUUUUGCAUUUGACUUAAAGUGCCAUGAGAAAAUUUGCAUAUUGCAAGGUGGUCCUUGCCACCUCCUUGAUUUGGGUACUCUUGGAUAUGUUCCUGCUGCUUUACUUCAGUGAAUGCAACAAAUGUGAUGAAAAAAAGGAGAGAGGACUUCCUGCAGGGGAUGUUCUAGAGCCAGUACAAAAGCCUCAUGAAGGUCCUGGAGAAAUGGGGAAACCAGUCGUCAUUCCUAAAGAGGAUCAAGAUAAGAUGAAAGAGAUGUUUAAAAUCAAUCAGUUCAAUUUAAUAGCAAGUGAGAUGAUUGCACUCAACAGAUCUUUACCAGAUGUCAGGUUAGAGGGGUGUAAAACAAAGGUGUAUCCAGAUAAUCUUCCUACAACAAGUGUGGUGAUUGUUUUCCACAACGAGGCUUGGAGCACACUUCUGCGAACUGUCCAUAGUGUCAUUAAUCGCUCACCAAGACACAUGGUAGAAGAAAUUGUUCUAGUAGAUGAUGCCAGUGAAAGAGACUUUUUGAAAAGACCUCUAGAGAGUUAUGUGAAAAAAUUAAAAGUACCAGUUCAUGUAAUUCGAAUGGAACAACGUUCUGGAUUGAUCAGAGCUAGAUUAAAAGGAGCUGCUGUGUCUAAAGGACAAGUGAUCACCUUCUUAGAUGCUCACUGUGAGUGUACAGUGGGAUGGCUGGAGCCUCUCUUAGCCAGGAUCAAACAUGACAGGAAAACAGUGGUAUGUCCUAUUAUUGAUGUGAUCAGUGAUGAUUCUUUUGAGUACAUGGCAGGCUCUGAUAUGACCUAUGGUGGCUUCAACUGGAAACUCAAUUUUCGCUGGUAUCCUGUUCCCCAAAGAGAAAUGGAUAGGAGGAAAGGUGAUCGGACUCUUCCUGUCAGAACCCCUACAAUGGCAGGAGGCCUUUUCUCAAUAGAUAGAGAUUACUUUCAGGAAAUUGGAACCUAUGAUGCUGGAAUGGAUAUUUGGGGAGGAGAAAACCUAGAAAUUUCCUUUAGGAUUUGGCAGUGUGGGGGAACUUUAGAGAUUGUUACCUGCUCACAUGUUGGACAUGUGUUUCGGAAAGCCACACCUUACACAUUUCCUGGAGGCACAGGGCAGAUUAUCAAUAAAAAUAACAGGCGACUUGCAGAAGUGUGGAUGGAUGAAUUCAAGAAUUUCUUCUAUAUAAUUUCUCCAGGUGUUACAAAGGUAGAUUAUGGAGACAUAUCAUCAAGACUUGGUCUAAGACACAAACUACAAUGCAGACCUUUCUCUUGGUACCUAGAGAAUAUUUAUCCUGAUUCCCAGAUUCCACGUCACUAUUUCCCUUUGGGAGAGAUAAGAAAUGUGGAAACAAAUCAGUGUCUAGACAACAUGGCUAGAAAAGAGAAUGAAAAAGUUGGAAUUUUUAACUGUCAUGGUAUGGGAGGUAAUCAGGUUUUCUCUUAUACUGCUAACAAAGAAAUUAGAACAGAUGACCUUUGCUUGGAUGUCUCCAAACUUAAUGGCCCUGUCACAAUGCUCAAAUGCCACCAUCUAAAAGGCAACCAACUUUGGGAGUAUGACCCAGUGAAAUUAACCCUGCAGUAUGUGAACAGUAAUCAGUGCCUGGAUAAAGCCACAGAAGAGGACAGUCAGGUGCCCAGCAUUAGAGACUGCAAUGGAAGUCGGUCCCAGCAGUGGCUUCUUCGAAAUGUCACCCUUCCAGAAAUAUUCUGAGACCAAAUUUACAGAAAAAAAAAAAGAUCGACUGGGCUACCUCAGCAUACAUUUCUGCCACAUUCUUAAGUAGCAAAAAAGGAAAAGUGCUUUCCUCCUGCAGGAUGUAAGGUUUAUCAGCCAUUAAAACUAAGACUCCUCUUGCUUUUCACUAGCUGUGAACCAGCCUUCCUGCCCAAGGACAUGAAAAUGCAUAGUAGCAAGACUGUGCACACCGAUGUUUACAAGAUUGAAAGAAUCUUUCAUCAAGAAUCAUUAUAAAGAAUAUUCAGACAAUGAAAUAACAGAAUGUGCUGUCCAGAGAGCUGCACAUUUUAUGGUUUGCUUGCACACCAGUAAUUUCUACUGAAUGUGCUGUCAUAAUGAAGAGAUUUCCAAGAUUUUUUUCUGAUUAGAACUGGUAGUAUAUUAAAUAUUGAUAUAAAAAUAAAUGGAAGAGGAACUGAAACUAGAUUCAGAAUCAUGAAAAAGUUUUUACAAUUAAAAAGCUAUAUUAAACAGGGUUUAAAGGAAAUUAGGACUAUGAGAAGUACAAUUUGUUAAAGUAUCAAAUUUCUAUAUAGAUUUUAUACCUCAGUGGGGAAAAAUAACUAAUUCCAAUGACAUUCAUUUGUUUUCAUCUAUGAUAGUCAUGGAUGCUUUCUUUUUCCUUGGGGUGCUGAAAUUGGGCUUAAAAAAAAAAGACUCUGAACAUAGUUUUAAUUACUUUCUACAAUUCUUUUUAUUUAGUUUGUGAGCUAUUGUAAUUGUAACUUUUAAUUGUCUUCAAAAAAUGGAGACUCAAAAUAAUGUCUGGUCUCAUUCAACCAGUUAGGUAUCUCGGUUGCUCUUGGGUCAACUGGCUUAGAGACUUUCACACACAAAUUUUUUAUUAGGUUUUUAACUUAAUUGAUUCAGCUGAUUAUGCUUAAUACCCAAGAUUCAUACUACUGUGCUACAGAUUUCUUUCCAC